UCUUCUUCUCCUCUCCCAGUCGCUCGCCGUCCGUCUUCCCACUCUCACUCGUUCUCCUCCCACUCUCCCACUGACACUCUCUCCUCUUCUCCCUCCUCCUUCCUUCCUUCUUCUUCUUCUUCUCCUCUCCCAGUCGCUCGCCGUCCGUCUUCCCAGGUAUCUGUUGCCAUUUCUUCAGUUGUGUAAACUGUGAAGAUGGUGAAGCAAGAGACGGUUUCCAUGAUAAACAACAACUGAAUCUUUCUCCAAGAUUUGUUUGGAUGUUGAAAUUAGUCUGGGCUUCAUCACUUGUUGGAUUCAACAGCCAUCCAGUUUCCUAACCCUUCUUCAACUUUAAUAGUACUGCUGCUACCCCUAGUCCUGCUUCCUUCCCUCAAGGAUCCCCUUCUGCCCAUCAGUCCCCUCUGAAGCAGCCUCACGCCCGCCUGUCGCCAUGUUCCCUAUCCAGCCAAUGUAUAUCACCAACCAGUACAACUAUGACCUCACCGGUGGCAUCGGGGUCGGGCAGCCGGUCUACCCAAACACCAUCAACUUGAAAAACUCUUCAAUAUCUCACGAUCGCUGCAACUCUGCUUCCGGCACUGACGGUGGUGGUAACGGUGGCAGCGGUGGUGGUGGUGGUGGUAGUAGUGGUGGUAACAGUGGUGGAGGAGGUGGUGGUGGUAGUGGAGACAAACCAUUCAAGUGUGAUGUCUGCAGGAAAUCCUUCUCCAGAAAAGCUAACCUCAACAACCAUGAGCAUGCCGCUGCUGUUGCAGCUUCCACUGCAAAUUCCAGCAGCGUGUCUGCAGUUGGGGAGAAACACUUCAGCUGUUCCUUCUGCUCCAAGACUUUUUCCCAAAAGGUGUUUGUCCGCAAUCAUGAACUGACCCACACUGGUGUGAGGCCUCACCAGUGCCCUGUAUGUCCAAAAGCAUUUGCUCAAAAGGUCCACCUGAAAGUCCACUCUCGAAUUCAUUCGGGAGAAAAGCCUUAUCAUUGCACUUACUGUUCGAAAGCGUUUUCACAGCGAGACCACCUCACCAACCACGAACGGGUCCACACGGGCGAGAGACCAUUCCGAUGUUCCUUCUGUUGCAAAGCCUUCUCUCAGCGAUCCCACCUGCGUAAUCACCUCAGGACACAUACAGGAGAGCGUCCUUACAAUUGCUUCUCGUGUGACAAGACAUUUGCCCAAAAGGCUCAUUUGACCAUUCAUCAACGCACACACUCUGGAGAGAAACCUUUCAACUGUGGCGUAUGUGGCAAAAGUUUCCCUCAAAGGGUCCACAUGCAGAAACAUGAACGCAGUCACAGCAGCGAAGAACUGAUGCGUGCCGGUGUCACACUUCACGUACCAACUGUCCGGCAGCAGCAGCAACAACCACCUCCUUUGUCCCCUUCCCCUCCUUGUUCAGGGCCAAAUUCCUCAUCUCCUCUUAUGACAAGCUGCAAUUGCAACUGUACCUGCAACCUGCUCAUGUGCACGCAAUGCUCCCCAAAUGCAUCGCCGUCACCAAUCCCCAUUGCAUCUCCAUGCAACAUGCAAAUGAAUCAGAGAUUGACGACAAUUUCUUCCGCAUCCAUUGCAACAAUCUGUCCCCGACAGAUGUCCGGCCGGUCGGCGUGCGUCACCCCAACACCUCCGCUCUCUCAGGGCAAUCUCUCUCAACAGUCAAACUAUUGCACGGCUCGCAGUUACCCUGGCAACUCCACCAAGUGGAGCAACAACAACAACAAUAGUAAUGUCGCCAUGUGUUUACCUUCCUCUUCAUGUGGCAAAAACAUGAAACAAAACAUGCAUCAAAGAAGUUGAGACUCUCCGAAUGAGCCCACCCCACCCACGCCCCUGUCCAUCUCUUCCUCAGGGGAAACAGUUCAAGUCUUGUAGUUUACCUUCUGUUUAUGGAGUUUGAUUACUCAUUCUGCAUUGAAUACAUUAGUAACCGUUGGCCCCAGCUGCCAGUGUCACUCAUCUCUCUCUCUCUCUCUCUCUCCCUCUCUGUUGUUGGGUCUUCUGUGUUGGUCAUGGAUCACAUCUCUCUCCCUCUCUCUCUCUCCCCAACACACUCGCCUGGUCAUCAGAUGUCCCAAGCUAUACACAUUCAUUAUGUAAACAUAAACACACACACACACACACACACAUCAGUGCAAUAUAACCCAGUGUAUUGGUCAAGUGUCCUCUUUCUACCCUCCAUCCCCAUACACCCCCUCCUAUUUGGGGAAUGGGUGGUCAUCAUACAUGGACAGAGACUUGUGGUAAGCACAGAUGGGCUUGAAUUCUGUGGCCUGAGGCUGUGUGGUGGCCACCACCCUUGGCUGGUGGUAUGCUGCAGUAGCCAAUGGGGAAUGUAAUGUUAUGAGUGCAAACGCUCCACUUUUGACCAGGUAUGGAGUUGUGUAUUAAAUGGUGAUAGAUAGUCCAGUCCUGUUACAGUAAUUAGCAAUUAUAGUAAUUAACUAUUACCUUAAAUGUUUCUCUGUAGCCAGAUAGCUUUGUCUAAAUGUUUGAAUAGCAUCAUCUCCACCAUUGUCUUCUUAGCUUCCACACACCUCUCGAUACUACUACUUCUGCGUUGAUCAAGCAGGGCCAAGAUCAAAGACACUCCAAUCAUGACUACCUUUGAUACUUUGUAUACCAGUGAGUACACUGUAUUUGUUAAGAUGGUUGGAUAUAUUUGAGGGACUUUAACUGUUAUUUCUAGCAGAUGUAGAAGCUCACAUAGAGGUUCCCUUAUCUACUUGAUAAUGGUUCUUGCAUCUCGCAUCAAUUCUGUCCACAAUCUAUGAAUUUCCUUUGUAAAUCAGAGGCGCUGGAGUUCAUGUCUCAUCUCUGUCACUGUACAUACGAGUGAGAUUGUUACUUGGAUAAUACAGCAGUUUGCCCUAGGUUGACAGUUUACACCUACAGAAGGUGUCCCCUUGGGUUUACAGGAACGACUACUAUCCACUCCAUUGUCUCUGUUGUAGGGCUACCACCAGGAUCUAGUUGUGGGUCUCCCUCUCAGCUUCAACAUACUCUCUUUACUGACAGAACACUGUCUGUACUUGACCAAGGGCAGUUACACUGACCACACUGCUUAUACUCGGCCAAGGCGCUGUAACUAGCUCAGGUUACUCAGAGAUAAAUUGGUACUACGUGUACUAAUCACUAAUUAAUUACUGGUGAGUUUUCUAUAAAGGACUUUCAGUUUUCAGUAAUUUGAGAAGACGAAAGGGACAUUACUCGGUAUACAAUUAUCUCCUCUUGAGUGAUUUCCGAACGUUCUAAUUGUAUCACGACCCUCGACCUUCUACCGAAACUGAUCGCUACAGCUGCUGCUGUAUGUUGCCUGAAGGGAUCAGCCUACCAUUAACAUUGUUAUUGUUUAACCACAGGUCAGCCCUGCUGGUCCAAAGACGUUUCAUUGUGACCAUCCUGACAUUAUGCAGUCUAUCCUCUUUGAAAGACAACAGGGUGGUAUUUUGUUUGCUAUUUUUGAAGACCAAGGGACCGUGUUCUGGCUCUGUCAAUGGUAAUUCCAGAUUCCUGAUUUCACCGAUUAUAUAAAGUGGUCAGUUAUGAAUACCUGAAUUAUGGGUUCACGUCACAUUGACACCACUUCACUACUGGGGCUUGAAUGGUAAUAUUUUACUGGAGACUGGGAAUGAAUCGUGGAUGACAUCUCCCUUCUAAAACAUAUUAAGAAAGCAUUAAUUGGGAACACUGCCAUGUAUGUAUGUGUGUGUAUAUGUAUGAUAUAUAGGUCAAUGUUUACGACAUGCUCUGAUGCUUGCUCAAAGUGUUUCGCAAGGAUGUGUGUGUGUGUGUAAGCAUGGUAUGGCCAAAUGGUUGAGAAGUUUGCAUCACAACCUUGAUGUCUUGGGUUCAAUCUUAGUGUGUGGCAUCUUGGGCAAAAGUUAUUUUCCGUUACCUCAACGUUGACCGAUACUGUAUGAGUGAAACUGGAUCAAUGGAAAAAGCAUCGAAGCACAUCAGGUGGGGUUGUACUUUGUGAUUCAAAAGACACAGCCUUGUUACAAUGUCACAAUGAUUCUGCUCUGAGAAUUCCAUUAAGGAAACGGCUUUGAUCUGAGGAAUAUUCAGCAACUUACAUUUUAAUCUGUUGGUCAAACAAUAGAGAUCCAGCAGAAAAGGUCAAUAUUUAUGGUACUUUUUGCUAUGGCCUUUCUGUAUUUAGGUCCUAAUAGUUUUAGGGAGUUGCUUUCUUCAUUUUAAACUGACACAAAAAUUUGGACCGUCUGUUGGUUCCCACCAGAGUAUUUUUCUGUAUCAUCACAGUGGGAAGAGACACCCAACCUGACAAAGUCUAUUGUAUUUUGGCCCCAUCAAAGACAACAUAUGGAAUCAUUAUAUAUUUAAUUAAUUAAACUAGAUGAUAUGGACCAGUGUUUGUCUCAAUGAUCUAGUCGUCAGGAAUGUUAGCUGUGAUAAACUAGCAUUCUAUCCAGGAGGAGAGCCUGUGUCUGCUUCCACUUGACACUAAUGAAUGCAGAAUAAUGUAGCAACUUUCUGUGUCACUAAAACAUCCCUGUUUUUGUCAUAACAUUUGUUUCAUUUUCAAGUUAAAGGGACAUUUUUUUUGUUUGGAUCAAAGUUUAGAAGAUGCCUGUUCAACAUGUAACCAACAGGGUUGAUUCUCUUUUAAGGAAUACAUUGAACUGUUUUAUACCAAAACCUACAACCCUGGUCCUCUUCUGUGGAAUCUAAACAAAGCCAAUAUCUUCUUUCCUUCACAUUCUUCCCAACAUCACUUUUUCUUGCUUUAUCCAAUUUCCUUCUGAUGGCCCUUUCUCACCUGCAUUUCCUAUAGAUAUUCUUUGUUCCCUGAUGCUCCUCCAAUCAUCAUCAAGUGCCUUUAUUCCAGCCAGCACAAAACACUGAUUCCAGAUUCAAUUCUUCCUAAAACUAAACAAUCUUUAAAACCAACCAAAACUUUGAAAACUUGCAUCAAUGACAAACUUUUCUAUAUUUUCAUAAUCUGCCCCCCCCCCCUCCACCUCCUCACAUCUUUUUGUUAUAUUUUAAUUUUAUUUCUAAAACUCUUCAAGACUACAAAAA